AGUCGUGCGCCCGCUCGAGGAUGAACAAAGUUGCUGCGGCGCCGCCCGCGGCUCGCGGCGCCCCCGAGAUUUCGUUUCUUUUUUAACCCUUUCGGGAGAGUAAGUGCGCGAGUGAUUUAUUUGCAUGGAGGCCUCCGGAGCAACAACAUUUUAGUCCCGCUGCUGCUGCUGCCGGUGCGGAAGCAUGUUGGGUGGGGUGGCGGGUCGGCACAUGAGCAACCGUCGGCGCGGCAGCACCCCGAACACGUCGGUGCUCAAGUCGGCUUUGCAGAGCGGCGAAUGGCCCCACCACCCCCAGCAGACCACCCCCCUGGCGACGACGCCGUCGUCGCGGCGCCAGAGUGUCUUCUCGGCGGCGCCGGCCGGCGCCAGCACGCCACCUGUGUCCGGUCUCGCGAAUCUCGGCGCCGAGCACGCGUCGAGCGGGUUGCCAUCUGGCAGGGGCAGUCUGCAGCAGCGGCACGUGCGCCUCUCCAUCCCUGAAGUUAGCUCGCCUCGCUACCGCCGCAGAAGGGCCGUCACGGAAGGUGACCAAAAAACAUGCGCCCUCGUCCAGUCGCGUUUGAAAUUGGGUGACAUCAUGCUUGCGGCAGCCCAAGAGGCUGCGGCGCAGCAGCAGCGAGACGGCGAGGUUCGUGAUCUCGGGGCCGCCGCAGGCACGGGUAUGGGCGGUCGGCGCGGAGGUGCAGGGGCCGACCCAGGCGCCAAAGGACCGAGCUCGCUCUUCAUCCUCAGCGAAGAAAACCCCCUCAGGAGAUACACUCGUUUCAUCAUCGAGUGGCCAUAUCCUUUUCUGCAC